AUGUCCCUGGUUGAAUUCUUAGUAUCCCCAGCUCAUGCAAGUACGGCUCUUGCAGGGAUCCUGUCCGAGGCAGAUAUCGCGGCUGGGCUGAAAAGCUGUGAAGCUAAGGAUACCUUCAAUUGCAAGACCUUUUUUGCCAAAGCUGGUCUGAACAACAUAUCUGAUGAGAAGAUAAGAAAAGCAUUUGGAAUUUUUGACAAGAACAAGGAUGGGUUCAUUGAUCGAAAUGAAUUGAAGAAAUUCCUGAAGACUUUCAGCUCCGAUGCCAGAGAUCUGACUGAUGAGGAGACUGAGGCCUUCUUGAAAGAGUGCGACACUAAUGGAGAUGGCAAAAUUGAUUUCGAUGAGUUCAAGGCCUUGGUUGAAAUAUAG